AUGGUCAACUUCCUCAAGCGGAUGCGGAAGCUGAAGACAAUGCUCGAUGUUCGAGUCGGACUCGGCGCCGCCCUCUUCCCCAGCCAAGUAACUGCCACAAAAGAAUUCCCAGCGGUCACCCGCCUCCACCUCACAUAUGCUAAGAAGAUCUACGGCGGCCACCAUGGCGCAAGACUUUUCUGGCGCCAAUGUCUUCCGCGACUGAAAUACCACAACCCGGGCGUCUCCAUGACGGUUCAACAAACCGAAGACCAAGAAGGACCGGCCGCAUUGACAAUCUAUUUCAACGAGCAAUUGAGCAGCACCGCGGCUGGACUUGCGAGCAAGCAGUUGGUCGACAAGCAUGCGCCGAAGCCGGAGGCUAGUGAGAAGUCUGUUGUUGUGGAUUUGAAGAACCUGGAUCCCAAGGAGAUCUGGACUCGGGUCCAGGCUUCGACAGGUGCGGCGGAUGUUCCUCCUUCUGAGGAGGAUUUGACUGAGGCGAAGAGGUUGGCGGCUAUUACGGAGAAGGCUGUCGGGGAUCGGAAGCGUAUAUCGGCGAUGCGACAGGCGAAGAAGGAUCAGGAGCGUAUGCUUGCUGAGGCGAGGGGUGAGGUUGAGAAGCUGAAGCAGGGCUAA